AUGCUUACAAGAAGACGUGAAGAGAAUUCUGCUGAAAUUACAGGUCUGAGUUCGCCUAAACGUAUACGAGUGGGUGAAUCGGAUCAUGAUUCACAGUAUCCGACAUGCUUUUCGACUAUCUCCUCUUCACAUACAUAUACAAUUUCAACCAUCGCUCCUGUUGAGGCCGCUAAUUUAUCAAAUCAAGAAGGUAUGACCACAUCUUUAGAUCAUUCCGUUAAUCAUAACGCCGCAACAGAUGAGACGAUUCUGGUGUGUCAAACAUCAGCACGAACUCUACAAGUUAGUCUUGAAGCAAGUAAUCAAAAUCUAGUUACCAAAGAAUAUAUAAUAGAAAGUACUCUUAAUUCAAUCAUAUCACAGCCAGAGGCUGUCGAAAUAAUCGAAGACUCUAAAGGGGGGGGCAAUAUAAAAUCGACAGACAUUUUAGAUGAAGAUGUGGGUGACCAUGCAAAUGAUAGUAGUGAUGAAACUUCGUCCAUUGAGGAUAUUAUUGAUCGAAUGAAUCAUGAGAAUGUUGAAGAAGAUGAUGAAUCUCUAUCAGUAGACGAGGAAGAUCUAAACAUUCCGCCUUUGGACGAUGAUGAAAUUGAAUAUUUCAGGCAGGAGGCUCGAGAAAAAGGAACACAAAAUUUUAUUCAAGAAUAUUUCUUUGAAAAAGGACUUUCUCUUCAAAAACUAUUUUAUGCUUUUGAUUACAGAUUGCCAGGAAAAAUAAAUUUUUCUGAUGUGCAAUUAAUCCAAGUUCUUAGUAAAGUUGUACAGAAGUUUCUUAGACAACGUAAAAAAUUACCUAAUGUUAAUACUUUAGAAGACGUUGUCAGAUUGUUACGAGAAUCAAACAACAUUAUGGUUUUGACAGGUGCAGGGGUUUCUGUAUCAUGUGGUAUUCCUGAUUUCCGAUCGGAAAAUGGUAUUUAUUCUAGGUUAUCUGAAUUUGACCUGGAUGAUCCACAAGAUAUGUUCGAUAUCAAUUAUUUCAAAGAUUGUCCUGAAGUCUUUUAUUCAUUUGCAAAGGAAAUUUAUCCCAGCAAUUUUACACCUUCACCUUCACAUUAUUUUGUUAAACUAUUGGAAGAAAAGGGAAAACUGUUAAGAAAUUACACACAAAAUAUAGAUACACUUGAACAAGCUGCUGGAAUUAAAAAUGUUUUACAAUGUCAUGGAUCUUUUGCAACUGCAAGUUGUAUUGUGUGUGGCUAUAAAGUUGAUGGUAUUGAGAUCAAAGAUGACAUUCUAAAUCAACGAGUACCGUAUUGUCCUAGAUGUGUUACCAUCGAUGAUGAAGACAAUGAUAUCGGAGAAAGUGUUUCUAUCAUGAAACCUGACAUAGUAUUUUUUGGUGAAAAACUUCCGCCAGAAUUUGAUCGAUCAUUCCCCAGAGAUAGAGAAAAAAUUGACCUUCUGAUUGUAAUGGGAAGUAGCUUAAAGGUUGCCCCGGUUAGUGAAAUAAUGGGUCAAAUUCCUCAUCGUGUCCCUCAAAUUGUCAUCAACCGAACACCGAUAAAGCAUAUGCAGUUCGACGUACAACUUCUUGGUGAUUGCGAUAUUAUAAUUCCUGAACUGUGUCGAAUGCUCAGAUGGGAAUUAGUUCAUGAAAAACUUCCCGGUGGUUCAUCAUUAUGUAAAAAUUCUGAACCUUAUCGAUUUUUAGAGCCACACAUUUAUUUGUUUGAGGGGGCGGUAGUGAAACAAGGAGAUUUAGCUGGACGUGGCGUAAGGAAAGCAAGUAUUGAAGAUUUAAGUUGUCAAGAGAAAGAUAAAGUGGACAUUCGAGAAGAUAACGAACAACAUAAUGAAAAGACAGUGAAGAGCAAUAAUAAUUUGGAGAAAUUUUUAAAAUCUACUCUAGAACAUGACUACCCAUCUUAA